UCGCUUCUAAAAGAGAUGAAUGUUUCAAAGCUGGUGAGCCUGGUGCCAGGUUUACAGACAGUUCUCGUCUCUCAACAGAGGAACCUAAAUUGUAACCGAGCUGGUAUAACGAGAACAAAGAGAGCAAUGUAUAUGUACCAGUUUCCAACUUCAGUUGUCAACCCAGACGGUAGCACUAUACAGGUUAAGUACCCUGAGCCCCGGGUUCUGCUGAAAUUGCCCCUAGAUCUCGAGUCCGCUACUCCAGCACAAAAAAGACAAAUUCAACUAAUAAGGAGACCGAAGCAAGCGCUGAAAAUAACUGAAGAUACAGGAGAUUCUUUCGAUCCUUUAAAAUAUAUAUAAACCAGCUCUCUCUCAAGUAUUUAGUUUUAGUCCAAUCAAUUUAGAUAAAUAUGAUUUCAGA